CGUCACAAAGGCUCGGUAGGUGGCAGCGGAGGAGUGAGGAGGCCGCGCUGUUCAGUAGUAUCCUUCGUGGUGACGUUAACGGUUUCAUAUUUGGGCUGACUAACUCAAGAGUGCUACAGGAAAUGGUUAUUUUGGCACUGUGUGUUAACUGGUAGAUCAUCUAGAGGCUGUCAGUGGGAACAGGAAGCCUGAAGGUGCAAGGUUCAUGACUGGAGACCCCGUCUCAGGCAUCCAAAGUGCAAACUUUGAAACAUGAACAGCAGCAUACAUUUCCCGUGUUCAGAACUGACUUGGCUGGAAGUGGAGCUCAGUAGUGCCCAACGCUUCCCAACUGAGUUUUCCCCAAGGCACGUUCAUGUUUAAAGUAACUAGAAUGGCCAACAAGAAAGAACCUCCUUUCUUCAAUGAUGAUAACAUGGGACCGUGUCAUUGCAAACUUGCUUUCUAUGAGACUAUGGAGCUCUUCAUUGAAACUCUCACUGGAACAUGCUUUGAGCUUCGGGUAUCUCCUUUUGAAACAGUUAUUUCCGUGAAAACUAAAAUCCAGAGAUUGGAAGGUAUCCCUGUAUCUCAGCAACACUUAAUCUGGAAUAAUGUAGAACUGGAGGAUGACUAUUGCUUGAAUGAUUACAACAUUUCAGAAGGCUGCACUUUGAAGCUGAUAUUGGCAAUGCGAGGUGGACCUAUUAAUACCAGAAGAGUUCCUUUGGAAGACCCAGUUAGGGAAAUAACAGAAUUCAUGGAUCCCAGUCGAGAUGAUACUUGGGAGAAGGUUCCAUCCAGCAAACAGGUUACCUUUCUGGUAUACCGGGAGGGAGAUCAGUUGAAUUUCUUCCGUGUUGUAGACAGGGGAGAUGGAACUUUAACACCGUUGUCAGAAUCUUUAAGUGGUGGUUCAGUUUAUAAUUUGUAUGCUGCUGCUGAUGAAGAUACAGAGGCAUCUCCUUCUGGUCAACAGAUUAUUGAGAACUCUAUUACAAUGAACAAAAUGAAGAUUCUUAAGGCAAAGAUGGAAAACAUGAAUCUCAGUAAAAAGCCUAAAAAAAUUAUUAGAGUGAACCCCCAUCCUCCAAUGACUCCUCAUCCAUCUAGUGGCUCAAUACCUGCUGCUCGUCAUAAAUUUUUACAAACACUCCCUCACAUUGGACAAUCUUGCCUACCUCCUGGGAAUUCAAGUACCUCAGAUUUGUCUCAAAAUGCACUUUCAGUUUUAACAUCUGCUGGUAGAAGGAUGCCAUCCACUGCUAGUGACUUUCUUAAGGAAAAUGUCAAAUGGGAAACUUCUUCACAGUUAGUUAGCAGCAUUAGGCUGCCAUCUAAAAUACCACAUGUGGAAAAAGAAGAUGCAAAGCUGCCUACAAACACCAUUGUUCCUCCAGUCACUGUUCCACUUAAAAAUUCUGAAAAAAAUGUAGAAAACAGUGCAUCAACAAAUAAGAGAGGUCCUUUCUUAUAUCCAAAUCUCACAAAUGUAAAUCUAUAUUCUACAGAAGAAAAGGUUUUGCCCAACACAGAUGCUUUUGCCUUGUUAGCUGAACCAUGCAAUGAAUUAUAUGAAAUAGGAAAAGUUAGCACAGAGCUUUGUUUAUCUGAGAGGGAUGAGGACUCUGUUACUGCAGAGCUUCCAAACAAGUCCAUUACAAAACUUCCGACCCCUGCAACAGUAGAUACUAGUAUUCUUAACUCUCAUGAAUUAAGUCCUCAGAAGAACACACAAUUGUCACCUCUUCACUUUUCAACACACAUGGCACGUUACAGCCCACAGAAACCUCCAACUCAGUCCAAGUUGUUUGAAGUUGGUAAUUUCAGGUCUGCUGCCUCCCCAAAUGUUUUACGAUCAUUGGAGUUACACAAUUUAGCUGACUCCUCUUAUCCAAGGACUUCGAGGUUCCAUGGCAUACGGUUAGACUCACCUGGCAAAAGACCAGAUAUCCAUUCUAAAAUGGAGGCAAGGGAAGUCACAGAAGUAGCUAUCAGGGCAUCCAAAGAGCCUGUUGUUUCUGUAAAUAAUGUGGGAUUUCUAAGUUCACUGACCCGAAGCACAAACAGAGAUGGUUUGCAGAAUUCCUGUGGGGUGGGCAGGUUUCGGACUUCUGGUAUUGCACUAACCACAAACCUCCCACAUUUUCAAGAAGAAGGCUAUAGCAUGGCUUCUCCUCACAAUGAAAUGCCUGGAUAUUUCCUCUCUCCUGGGCUUGGAUUGAAUGGGUGUAUUGUGGCUACAGGAAAAAGAAUGGGUGACGCAACUCAUCUCCCUCCUGUGAACAGUUCAAUUAAGCCUAAAAAGAAAAUUGCAAAGCAUUGUUUCUUCUGUGGAAAGAAAACUGGAUUAGCUACUAGCUAUGAAUAUGUGGAAACAAUUUCUGCGCAACUCACCGCUAUGCAGAGACUCAUACCUGUACUUACGACUAUAAGAAUGCAGGGCGGAGGUACUUACAGGAGUCCAAUCCUGCUGUCAGUGCACCAAAGCUUCCUAAAAUCUAAGCGUGGUUGUAUAUCAUGCAUCUGCCUGCCAGAAGAACAUUACACACAGACAGAAGCAUCAAUGGUUUAGACUGCUUUUCUUUUGCCAUGCUCCCAAUCUAAAGAUUGCCAACUAAGAAAAUCAUAUGAGACUGCAUAAUAUUGAAGAAUAAUGUGAACACUACUGUAGCUGACAUCAUUUAUUCUUGAGUGAAUCAAAAAAUUUAAAAGGUAGUUUCUGAAAAUGUACAUUCUGAUUUAACUAUUAUUAGUUACGUGUCUUGUGUUACGUGUUUUAUAUUUUCAAAAUGCUCUUUCACUAGACAAGUCUUUUAAAAGAUGCACUUUGCUAAGUUUUAAUAUAUAUUUUAUAAUGAGACUUGAGGGGCUUCUGUAAUGAGGAUGUCAUGUAAACUCUCCUACCUUCUAUCUUAUUUUUGUCCAUUCUGGAGUAUUUCAUUUGAGCUUGAAGUUCCCCAUUACCAUUUCAAGUUUAGAAAGUGCAACAGAUACAACUCUAAGUUCCAUUCAGACGGUCAGCCAUACAUACCCAGUGUGGAAAAAACACAUCAUGUUAGUCCCGCUAUUUCUUACGUUCUUUUUUUUUUUUUUUUUUACAAAAGGGAAAAUUUCUCUUGUCAUAAAAUAGAAGACAUUUUUUAUAAUUAUAUAUUUUAAAGACUUCACAACUUGGUUUGUUAAAAAUGUUCAGUGCUAUUACCAGAAAAAAAAUCGAAUAAAUAUUAAAUUUUCAUGCAGUUAUAAACA